AUGACGUGCACAAAAGGAGGAAUACAUCUUUCAUUAACGUCACCUACAACAGCGAUCGAAGCAUGCAUAAACAACUACUGUCAAUUCAUCACCAACCCAUCAACUUCGAAUAUCGUCUUCCCAAUAAAUUUCGUGGCAUUCACUUACAGAGUAGAAGUCUCUGCCUGGAACGAUGGAAAACUCACAUAUCAACGAGAAGUGAUACGUCAACCUUCUUCUGUUUGCGAACUCAUCGACUGCUCACUAUGUCUCGAACUCAUCUACAAUCCAAAUUGCUGGUCCAAAACUCAAAUUGUAUUGACUGGAAGCAUCCUCAUCAUCGUUAUCCUUACUUUGAGCAUGCUCCUCCCGGCUGUACGAUUCCUUUCCAUAGUGAUCAAACUUUCAGUCCACCUCUGUCGACAACCAGCCAAGAAAACAUUCUUGAAGACCAUCAGAAAACGACAGAACUUCGCCGUCUACACAGGACAUCGCCGCAGACUCUUACUUGCCAUCCUUUUCACCGUUAUAUGCUCAAGUAAUCAAUGCUCAGAGGUCAUCUUCCUCACGGCAACGGAAGAAACAUGUAUACAGAAUGGAGACGAAAACACUUGCACCUUCAAUCAAGCGUCAAUCCUGACGUUACAAGCUCUCAAUCAAGAAACAUGUCUUGUUCUCAAGAACAGCAACAACACCUACGUCGGUAUGAUAACAAUCAGAGUGAAAGGAUUGUACUUCACAUGCAAGAGAGAAAUCGAAUUUUUCACAAGGGAUCAUCAUUUCUACUCAGAAUCAGUGCACAGAUGCCGCUGGGCGGGAAGUUGUAACACUGGAACUUGUGACAAAAUCAAGCCCACUGACAAAAUUCAAGGAAUUUCCCACACAGCAAAUAGCCAUCCUGGCAUUACAUUUUGUGCAGCGAGCUAUGGAUGUUUAACUUGCAGUGGCCGCUUUUUCUGUUUGACAAGCUGCCUUUUCUUUUCUUUACGGUUUCAACUGUCCACUAUGGGAAUUCACCGUCGAAGCACAUGUAACACUGCAACAGAAUGGUCACUCGGAAGGCACAGACACUGUCUUACAUCCCGCGAAAACCACUAG